CCCACCUGCGGGGCGGAUUUCGCACUGGCUCCCCUGCCAGCCGGGAUGCUGAGGAGUGCCCAGCGCUUGCACCAGGCCCCAAUGACCAGCCGCAUGGCAUCCCGAGUGCCCCAUGGCAACAGCCCCGCCGGCCCGCCCAGCGGGGCCCAGAACCGCCCCACGGUGCUCACCCGCGGAACCAGCGCCCCCUCCAGGAAGCAGCAGGUGCCACCGUGCCCCGAGGCGAUGGGGGAUCCCCAAACCACCCCCCACCUCCAGGCCCUGCUCCAGGACACCCAGCGCCAGGCACUGCUCAUCCAACAGAUCUCUCCGGAGCCCAGCGCCCGCCCCUCCAUCCUGCACCUCCAGCCCCCGGGCGUGGUGGUGGUGAGAUCCUGCCAUGGCUUGACACAUGGGAUUAACAUAAAAGGCAUGGAGUGGAUUCUGAGGGACCCACCUGCCUCCCGCUACGUCCCCCACUCCCCGGACCGGUCUCCCCCCCAGCGCUGUCCCAGCCCCGGGGACCACAGGGAGCAGAAUGAGAGACCCCCCCGGCAGGAGCCGCUGUGGGCGCAGGAUGGGGCAGCCCGGUGCCGGCGGCAGAGGGAGCUGGUCAAGCACCUGGAGGAGCAGCUGGAGCGGGAGCGGCAGCGCCUGGGGGCCAUGCAGGCCCAGCUGGCCACGAUGGAGGCCACAGACCGAGCCCUUGACCCAGCAGUGUCAGCAAGGGGCCAGCGCUGCCCAACCCAUCCCCCCAACCCCUUGGGCUGGGCCUGCUCGGGAGCUACCCUCCCUGCCCAGAAGGGGGCGCUGCAGAUGCCACUGACCCCCCAGACCCACUCCUGGGGCAGCCAUGGUGUCGGCAUCUUCUCAGACCUGGGCCCCAGCCUGGAGUUUUAUCGGCUCAGCACAGCCCGGCCGCCCUUCACCUACGCGAUGCUGAUCCGCUGGGCCAUUCUAGAGUCCACCAACCGGCAGCUGACGCUAAACGAGAUUUAUCAGUGGUUCAGCCGCAUGUUCGGCUACUUCCGGCACAACACGGCCACCUGGAAGAACGCCGUGCGACACAACCUGAGCCUGCACAAGUGCUUCGUGCGCGUGGAGCACAUGAAAGGCGCCGUGUGGACAGUGGACGAGGACGAGUUCCAGAAGAAGCGGAGCCAGCGGUCGCCCCUGUACGGAGCCCCUGUGUGGGCGGGGCCUCCCCUGUUAGCCACGCCCCCAGAGGGGGUCCAGCGGGGAGGGGCAGGGCCUCCCCUGUUAGCCACGCCCCUUUGCAGGGUCUAGUGGGGCAGUAGGGUCCUUGCCAUUAGCUACAUCCCGGGGGUGGGGUGGGGUGGGCCAAAAGGUGUUAUCCCCACCCCUUCCCCUCCUCAUGCCUUCUCUCCCCCCCAGGCACCUGCUGAAGCACCU